GCUGGCGGCAUGGAUCUCCUCCAACUUCGCCGCAGCCACGUACACGGCCGAGACAAAUGAACUCGACGUGACCUACGAUGGCGUGCGCUUGAUCCUGAACGACGCCGAGCUCCGCUACCUCACGAUCUCCGUGCAGCGCUUCGUCUUCGUCCAGAUGAAUGUGUACUCCGAGCUGUACUUGCGCUGCCCCUCGCUGGCCAACGGGGAAACCACGGUCGGCCCACUGCGCCACGACAUCUUGCGCAAGAUGGUAGUGUCCAAGGGUGUGGGCCAUAUCAUGGAAACCGGUACUUCGGAGGGCCCUUGUGUGAACCUGCGCGGCCCCGUCACGCUGAGGCACCUGCGCUUCAAGCUCACGGAUUACGAGGGUAAUGUGGUGAACACGCUCCUCAAGAAGCACUGCAAGCAGCCUGUCCGAAUGACGCCCUCGAAGGCCCGCCAGGCCCGGCAGCUCUCCUGCGCCGACCGCUUCCACGAGCUCCUUCUCCGCAAUUCCAUGGACAUCUAA